UUGAGCGAAUUGAUCUUGUGGACUGGUGUUACAACCUUCCUUGCGAGUGCAUUGUGUGAAAUGUGUUUCAUGUUCCUACUGCGCAGGAGUCACAUUGCCUAGCGAGAAGUCUUGCGGGGCUUCGCUCGCUCGGCCCAGGGGCUGUGUCUCCAGCUAUGCCCCGGAAGUGUUGCAUAUGCAUUUGCAGCCGACUGCUGGAUAGUCGCGUCGCAAUCGGUCCGAGAUGCGGAGUGGCUGGCCGUCAAUCUGACAACCAGCCUUGUUGCCGAGUUCCCUUUUUUCGCCGCUGAGGGGCGAGCAGCUCUUGGCUGCGCAACUCCGCAUCAUCGGCAAGAACGAGGACAACCCCGGCGCGCGCAGAUUCAGGCGCUGGCCGGCCUUGAUGGCCGACCGGGCGAGCCGCGCCGUCAGGUUCUGCAAGGGGCGCGACAGUUUUGGCGUUUGGGGUUUUGGCGCCCUGGCUCUCGGCGCCUGCCGGCGUUUGAAUUUUUGGCGCCGCCCCUCGCGCGCCGUUCGUUCCGCCCGGACAUGCUUGCCUUUUCGUGCGGCGCGGUUGCCCAGGUUUUCAUUACCUGACGAGCAAAGUACCGCCCGCCGGGCCUACGAUCGCGCGCGCGGCCGGCACUUAACACACAGGCGCAAGCCAGCGCCCGCUCCUCGCGUACGGCGGCGAGCACGUGGGCAGCGGAGUCGGCGCAGCCGGCGCCCAGGCGGUGGCUUGCUUGUUCCGAAUAAAGCAAUUUAUCUGUCAUCAUAGAAGAUUGCGAGUGUGGUCACG